UUUUUUCUUUCUUCACUGGUCAGCUUUUGUGUGGAAUGGUUCAAUAUAGCGAGCCAUGUUACGAAUGUUCUGCAUUGACAUUCAUUUCCGGGUAGGGAGGAAGUUUCAAUUUCAGGAUACUUAAUGCUUGUUAUUGCUUAUGGUGAAUGUUGUUUUUGAUUAUAUUGCACUGACUUUUGAGAGGCCUUUUAACAAAAGGAACAUAAACUGCCCCAAUUCUUCACCUGGCAAAUUCAAUAUGCUUUCUUUUAAUUGAGGAAAAGAAUUCUAACAAAAAGAUUCCAAACUAUUUUUGAAUCUUUUUCUAUUAUACAGAGAUACUAUAAAAAUAAAAUCCAUAAUUAUGGAUCCAAGGCAUUAAAGGUUCGUCAGUUACAAUGAGUGCUUCAGUUUUGUUUGGUGGAGUCACCUUCGUAUUUUUCUUCGUAUAUUCUAUGCCUCAGCCAGAGAUAACAACACCGGGAGGCAUCUUGAACACGAUCUGCCAUAAAGGUUGCACUGAGAUAGUAGUCCAUGAAUCCAACUGCUUUCCACCUUGUAAUACUUCUUUGUAUGAACGAUGUGUUGUAGCACCCAAGAUGACAGCAGAGCCCUCUUGCUUUAUGGCAUCAGAUACUGCUCUCCUCAUCAAUCAAAUGAAAAGACCCUAUAUUUGCCGUUGCCAUCCAUGUCUCUACAGAAACAGUAACCAUAUUUGUGUCCCAGUUUGUCCAGUAGAAGAGACAGAUGAUUCAAAUUAGAAGAAAUGAUUAACAUAUGCAUGCAUAAAGCACACAUUUACUUUUGCACUCAUUAAAAGUUCAUAUUUACUUUUUUAUGCUUGUUAAAAGUUGCAUCCUGAAUUAAAAAGUGUCUCACAAUAGAGAAAAAAGCUGAAAAAGUGCUUUGAAAGUUGAUUGUAAAUUCAUGUUUUUGUUUUUUAAAAUGUAUUAUAAUUAAAUAUUGUAUAUCUAUAGAAUGAAUUUCAUCAUCUAGAAAAGUUUAUAGAAUCUAUAUAGAAUUUGCGUAUGGAUUAGCUAUAUAUAUUGAAUUUCCUAGAAAUCUGGAUAAACGUUUAAUUUUCUAGAAAUCAAUAUUCUUUCAGCUUUAAAACAGUUGAACUUGUUGUACAGUACUAACGGAAAUAUUUGAUUCUUUAAGAGGAUGCUUUAACACGUGAGAAAUCAUGAGGAAAAUGUAUUUUUUUUCUUCUUCAAAUUAUGAAAUUACAAUCAAAUUAAGGCAGGAUUAGCUGUUGUUGUGGAGAGAGGAAUUAAAUCUGUUUUAUUUUCA